AUGUCUACAUUUACUUUUAAACCUAAGAAUAAAAAUGUACACACUAUAACAAACUAUGAUAGUAUCAGUGAUUCAGUAACUUAUAUAGGAACAACUAGUCGCGUUGUUUGUGCUUUAGAAGAUGCAUUGACACCAUUCAUUCCCUUGGUUGGUACCAUAAGGAAAUUAGUUGACGAGAUUAUUUUAAUCUACGAAAAUGCUGAUCAUAAUAAAGUUAUGUGCCGAUCCUUAGUUGAUCGUGUGGAUGCUGCGUAUACAUCCAUAAGAAGCUUAUUAAGAAGACAUGAAGAAAACGAAGAAAAGUUUCGAAACCAAAGUUUUUAUGAUGCUUUUUAUAGAUUCGUAACUAUUUUGGAACUUAUCAAGGGUUUUAUUCUUGAUAUUUCAAAAAUUUCAAGAUUACGAAAGUUUUUAGAUGCAAAGGCAAUCAAUGAUAAAUUUGAAAGUAUUAUUUUAGAUCUGGACCAGGGAAUACAAGAUUUAAAUCUUUCAAUUUCUAUUUAUAAUUUUGAAAAACUAGACUCAAUUAAAAAAAGUGUUUUACAUGUUCGCAAUGAAAAUGCAUUUAUAAUAGACCAAGUUAGGGCAAUGGCAUCAACUCUAGAGGGAAUUGAAAAAUAUGUAACUAAAGAUAGCGCUUCACCGAAUAUAACUGAUAUUUUCAAAGCUCCUGAGAUAGAUCCUAAAUCACUUCAGGAACCACCUAAUAAUAAAGAUAAUGAUUUACGUGGAAGCGAUUCAUGUGGAAAUGGAAAAGUUUCACGAAAAUUCUAUCAAGGUGGUAUACAAGUUGCAUGCAAAAAAUUUGAAUUUUCUCAAAAUAAUAAACUACAACAAUUACAACAAACUGAAUUAAGUAUCUUAAGCAAAUUAUCUGCAUGUCAAAAUAUCAUAAAGUUUUAUGAUGACGAAGCAACCGAACGACUAUUUAAUCCUACAACUGUAAAUUGGUUAGCACCUGAAAAAAUGCCUCAUGGAAAAAACUCCGAAGAUUUACCUCAAUAUAAUAGAAAAUCAGAGAUUUUUAGCUUUGGAAUGCUUCUUUGGGAAUUGACGUUUGAACAAGUUCCUUAUAAAAACAUGGAUCCAAUACAAAUUCAAAAACAUGUACAAAAUGGAAAAAGAGAAAAUCUUAAUUUUGGUGAACGGAUAAAUCAAAUUCAAAAAACAUUUAAUGACCUUAUUAAACUAGCUUGGGCACAAAGUAGAGAACGUCGUCCCACAAUAAUAAAAAUUCAAGACAUAUUACUUAAUACGCAAGAAUCUAUAAAAGACUCUCGAUAUGUUCUUGUUGAAAAACCAGAUUAUACAACUAAGGCUCAAGUAAAAUAUGCAGAAGUUUUAAAGGAAACUGGUGGUGAAAAUGAAGAGACAAUAGAAGAAGUAAUUAAAUAUAUGAUGAUUGCUGCAGAUAAUGGAGAUCCUGAUGCUCUCUAUGUGAUUGGAAAGGGUCAUUAUAAUGGGAAUCGACUGGAAAAAAAUUUAGAAAAAGCCAUGGAAUAUUUAAGGUUGGCUGCUGCUAAGAAUUAUGAUAAAUCAUUCAAAUUGUUGAAACAGAUAGAAAAAGAAAAUAAAUAA